CUUGAACCCCGUUCCUGCUCUCGCUCUAGCCUGGGAUCUGGACUCCUCCCGCUUUGGUCCCACCGCCAGUCGAACGAACACCCAUUCGAACUUCACCCCGACAAUCUCUUGUUUUCCAGUGUCCUACCGCCGCCGGCCCUCGAACGGCAGGCAAAGGCCAACACGGUGGUAGACUAUGGCGUGGGAUCACCUCUCGAUCACCAAGCCGCACCUGGUCUACAUCAUCCUCGGCGGCUUCACCUCCCUGUUCAUGCUAUGCUCGUCCUUCAUCAAGGAGCGCAUGUACAUCGGCGAGGCAACCGUGGCCACGCUUUGCGGUGUGAUCUUUGGCCCGCAUGCCGCCAACCUCAUCGACCCGGAAUCAUGGGGCAGCGUCGACAUCGUCACGAUCGAGUUCUCCCGCAUCGUCCUGGUCGUGCAGUGCUUCGCGGUCGGCGUCGAACUGCCCAAGUACUAUAUGGAGAGACACUGGAAGUCCGUGGCCUUCCUGCUGAUUCCCGUCAUGACCUACGGCUGGCUGAUUACGAGUCUGUGCGUCUGGUGGUUGAUCGAGCCGCUGAACUUCCUCGAGAGCUUGGUGGUGGCUGCCUGCGUCACGGCUACAGACCCGGUUCUCGCCUCGUCAGUCGUCGGCAAGGGUAAGUUCGCCAAGCGGGUGCCGAAACAUCUUCGCGACCUUCUCUCGGCCGAGUCGGGCUGCAACGACGGGAUGGCCUUCCCCUUCGUCUACCUGUCUCUGUACCUCAUCCAGGACAAGAUGAACGCCCGGGAGGUAACGAUGCACUGGUUUGUCUACACCAUCCUGUAUGAAUGCAUUUUUGGGGCCAUUUUUGGCUUCCUCAUCGGCUACCUCGCCCGCCACGGGAUCAAGUACGCCGAGCAGCGCGAGCUGAUCGACAGAGAGAGCUUCUUGGUCUUCUACUUUGUGCUGGCGCUGUUCUGCGCCGGGUCCGGUAGCAUUCUCGGCGUCGACGACCUCCUCGUGGGCUUCGCUGCCGGUGUCGGCUUCUCCAACGACGGCUGGUUCACGCAAAAGACGGAGGAGUCCCACGUUUCCAACGUGAUUGACUUGUUGAUCAACCUGGCGUACUUCGUGUACUUUGGCACCAUCAUCCCGUGGGAGGAGUUCAACAACACUGAGAUGGGCCUGCAUGCCUGGAGACUGGUCGUGCUCGCUAUCUUCGUCAUCCUCUUCCGCCGGAUACCCAUCAUGUUGGCGUUGAAGCCAAUUAUCCCCGACAUCAAGACAUGGCGCGAAGCCCUCUUCGCCGGUCACUUCGGUCCCAUCGGCGUCGGCGCCAUCUUCGUCGCCAUGUUGGCACGGGGCGAGAUGGAACACGACAAGACGGUCCCGCUCUCCAAGCUCCCAUCCACCAGCGCCGAGCAUUACACGUUGAUCGCCCUCGUCUGGCCUAUCGUCGCCUUCAUCGUCGUUGCUUCCAUCCUUGUCCACGGUUCUUCGGUCGCCGUGUUCACGUUGGGCAAGCACAUCAACACGUUAACCAUCACCAUGUCGUACACGCAGGCGAACGAAGACGGUCCGUCCUGGAUGAACCGCUUGCCUCGUAUCUCGUCGCAAUCUCGGUCCCAGGCAAGGACCAUGUCUGAUACGGAAGGCGAAGAGCUUAAGAUGCCCGACUUCCCGCCGGGAACCUUGCCGCCAGUUGGUCUUCCCGGGCAGUUCCUGCGUCGCGUCCGGGAGGACGACACCAGCCGACAUGGUAGCAGAUCGUCCUCGCUGGCUACGCGACGGCGGAGGAAGAAGUGGGACGACGGCAUCGGGCCGGGCGGUCCUAUCAGCCAGUCGGCCAUAUUCCCCCAGCGGCGCAGCCAAGGGGAGCCGCUCUCACCCGGGCUCCCGCGGGAGAGCAGUGAUCUGCCCAGGCGGGAUUCUGCGCCGCUGUCACCCACCGAGGUGGCUCCCAGCGCGGGUGAGAAGGAAAAGGAGCCUGACCAGCCCUCGGUCGAGACUCCCGCGGAGACUCCUGCCAAAGCACCCUCGCCAGGGUCGCAGGAGAGCCCGAACGAGGACGAGCACAGGGGAGCCGUCGAGGUGUACGACGAGGGCGAUCACAUCGUCGUUGAGAACCACGACGGCGAUGUACUCGCGGUCCGACCGAGCCACAACGAGAACUUGGCCGAGCAAGCCCAGGUUCUCGCGUCCAAGCUAAAAUCGGAAGCCGGCCCGUCCGGUUGGACCUACGACGCGUUGAAGAAGCGAGUCAUGAACUGGCGCCAAGGAGAGAUCGAAAAGAGAAAGGGCAAGGAAGCGCCCCAUAGGAAGGGCGAGCCCGCUCGGGCGUAUCAGUUUGGUAACACGAUCAUUGUGGAGAACGAAGACGGCGAGGUCAUUAAGAAGUAUGACUUGCCAACGCAGAAGGCCCAAAUACAAUCGACUCUGGUGAAUCAGGGUCUGAAGUACAUGGGAAUGGGUAUCUUCGCCAAAGCCGCGGACAAACCAGGCGCUGCAGCUUCGGCCGUGGGGGAAGUGGCACAGGCACAGGCAGCUGCCGAGCGUCCGGCACAAAAACAGCGAAAGAAGAGCGUGGUUGCAGAACAGGACGACGAGGACGACGACAGGCAUAUUCGGUUCACCAUCGGCGGCGUUGGCCGGCGGCUGACCAAGGAGGACUUCCUCAAGGAAGUGCAGAAGCUGGACAAGAACACGCGACGCGAAGUAGUUAACAAAUCGGACGCGUCGCAGGGGCUCAAGGCCCUCGCCAAGCUUGACGCACAGCCGCCGGCCGCCAAAGCCUCCGGCCAACAACCGACCGUCAGCAGCAGGAAAGACCAGGCCCUUACCGCCACGACCGCCCCGUCGUCGCAGACAGACGGUUCGGGCAGCCAGCUUGCAUCGAGGUCCGCUUCCCCAGGCACCAAGCCAGCAGCAGCAGCAGCAGCAGCAUCACCAUCCCCAUCACCAUCACCAGAGACACCAGCAGACAAUGACGACGGGCCGGAGACGGAGGUGGAGCGGCGGCGGCGGUUGGCAGUUCUAAAGGGCGUUAGUGACGAUAACGAGGAGCACGGCGAGACGGCCGCGGAACGGCGUCGCAGAGAGGCAGCGCUCGGCAUGGCGCCCCACGGAGACGGAGAGGACAGCGACGACGAUGAUACCCCGAGAGUGCCUCCCUCGAGGAAGUCGAUCCGCUUUGCGGAUGCCCCCGGACCCAAUGGUAGGGGGCGGGCACGAGAAUGAGGGUUCGUUGUAUAGCGCAUAAGAAAGAGGAUUGCAUUCAUCGCAUAAUAUUGCAUGGCAUGGCGUGUUUGAAGUUUUUGGGAAUACCUUAGGCUCGGACAGGCUAGCUUAACCAUUUUCAUUCGAGGCCGCUUGGGGUGAAAGAGUAGUCUUUUCAUUGCUCUGAGCCUCGAUACAUCUCCGUGCAUUGGUAGCGAGGAUCAGCAAUCGUUGGGUAAAUUUAGAAAGAAACCUAGAUCAUAUACCUAGUGUGUUUU